AUGUCUUUUUCUUCUCAAUUUAACGUUAAUGUUAUGGAAUUAAGCGGCUGUAGAAUACCAAUGAAAUAUUACUUUCGUUAUUCGUCUCUUAGAUUUGAUUUGUUAACAAUCAGUCGAGCAUAUUUGCUUGUGGGAAAAUUGUUUUUAUUUGUGAGUAUAGACAGAAAUUGGGUGAGCAUGAAUAUGAUGUGGUUUUCACAUAUUUUCCAACCAACAAAAGUUUUGUUGAAAAUAUUUGAGAAAUUGCUGAAAUUCGAUUCAGUUGUGAUGGAGAAAUCUAUCGAGAUGUGCGAUGUUGAAAAGAGCGUCUUGCAUGACUUUGAUAGCUGA